AAAUCCUUCUUAGGGUUGUACUGGAAGCUAUUUACUGUAUUUCUUUACACACAAAAAUGUUCGUCGUGACACCGGAUUGCGCCGACAGCCGGCGAUUUUUUAGUGCAGUGUUUUCAUCACUGACUUAAAAUGGUGGCAGUGGGUUGUGGUAGCAGUAGGUGUUGUGCGGUGUAAUGAACAAUGGGGAUUGUGUGUUAGUUUUAAUUGUUUGCACUUCGAAAAUUAUGUAACAUAGCUUGUCGUGGAAAUUGGUGUAUGCAAAAUGAGCGCGGGGUAUAAUUCUUCGGAAGUUUGUCGUUUAUGCACGACUGGCGGUGGACUGAGGAUGCACAUAUUUGACAAGGAAGGGGAACAAAGACAGCUGCUCUUCAAAAUUAAAUCGUGCUUACCUAUCAUGAUAUCAAAGGAAGAUACCCUUCCAAAGAAAAUAUGUUACCGCUGUGCAUACAAGCUGGAUAUGUUCUACGAGUUCCGAUUGAGUUGUCUGAAUUCUGAGAACAUGUUGAAGAAUGUAACAGAGAAGCAAUUACCUGUCGAGAAUGGACAGAGAGAUGAGGUGCAAGUAAAGUCUGAAAAAAUGGAAGAAGUGCAGAAAUCUACUUACACAGAAGCAAUGCAGCAGCAUAUGGCGCAGAUAAAUGCAAUGCAUUGUAAACCUCAGCAAGAUGAUAAGUCUUCCGACAGAAAUGCCGGACAGAAAAAUCCAAAUUGUCAGAACGGUACCCGCUUGCCUGAGUACCCAACAACACUUAAAGUUCCGCAGGUUUCUCAACCAAAUCCAGAUAUUUAUGGCAGUAAACAAGCCUCUGAACCGACGUUUGUUAUUCCCGACGACGGUUUGGGGUUCGAUGACGGCGUUAGAGUUCUCAGAGCUUUGGGUACAUGGUCACCUGAUUACACUAACAGUUUGGGCCGUACUGGAAUGCUACAUGUACCAGAACAGCACUAUGGGGAAGUAGCAAAUAGUGUCAAUAAUGGUAGUUAUGGUCCUCAAAGGAAAGUAUCUCCCUCCACAACUAACCGAAGCAAAGGAGCUUCAAAAGGUGAUGGUGCUAACAGUUCUUCCAGUAAGAGCUUUGCCUGUACAGUCUGUGGUAAGGGAUUAGCUCGUAAGGACAAAUUAGUUAUUCAUAUGCGCAUCCAUACCGGUGAGAAACCAUAUAUUUGUGAAGUGUGUAAUAAGGCAUUUGCUCGCCGUGAUAAACUAGUGAUUCAUAUGAACAAAAUGAAACAUAGAACACCAACCAACAUAGCUCCUUUAGGCAAACGUUCAAUAGUACCUGACAAGAAUGGUAUGUUGAUGCAACAACAGCACCAGCAGCAGCAGCAGCAACAACAACAGCAGCCAUCACAGUCGCAGCAGCAACCACAGCCUCAGCCCCCACCACACCAGCAACCUCAGCAGCAACAGUCACCACAACAGUCACUUGUUACAGAUAAGAAAUCAUUAUCAGUGAAAUGUGAAGAUGAUGAUAUACCUAGAGGUCUUCCUCUACCUCCACCACAACAGCAGAACAUUAGUUGGAGCUGUGAACUUUGUGGUCGUAUGUUCUCAACUCGAGAUGAUUGGAUGGCACAUGCAAAAAGUCAUCUAGAUGACAAAAUGAUUAGUAACAUGCAUCAUCCACAACAGCAUCUUAGCAAUGGAAAUCCGUGUAGCAGUAGUGUUGUAGUCCCCACAUCAGUGCCUGCACCACCAGCUCCUUAUUUUUCCCCUCAUGUACCACACCAUGUGCAACCAUAUGGUGCUAGUGCACCAGAAAGGCAUUUUUGCUUAGUAUGUCGCCAAGACUUCACGAAUAAGACUGAUUUUAUGUUCCAUGUGCGUACUCAUUUUGUUGAAGGGAAGCCACCAGAAUUUGACAUGCUUGGCAAGAGUAAUCUUGUGGAUGGAUCUGGUCUGUGCACUUGAACGUUAAAUAUAUGUAAUUACAUACUAUUUUUACAAUGGAAAAUUUUGUAUUGUUUGCAGAUAUUUAGUGCAAUGUGUACUGUCUUUUUAUGAAGGACACUAUUUUUUAUGUCAUGUGGAAUGUAUACUAAUAAGUCAUAGUUGUUUUAUAGCAUUUUCUGUGUGCUGUGGGUAAUUGUCGUGGCCCUAAUUAUGUUGCAGGAAAUUCAGUUGGCUAAAUGAUUGACAGGUUUUUAUGAUAAGACUUUUUGAGCUAUCUUAUUUUUAUACUAGUUAUCCGGUCAUUGUUCCUACAAUCUCCUGAAUUGAUUAAUUGCUUCAGUUUUUUUGAGUGGCAUUUGCUGUGAUGUGGUUACAUAUAUCUUUUUUAUAAUUACAUUGUAGUUAAAGUUGCAGCAUGGUUGCAUGUUGGUGUCUUUUAGAAACUAGUUGGCUAUGAAAAUCUUUGAAUUUUAAGUUUUGAAAAAGUGUUGAUACACCUAAUUUUAUAGUUGGUGUAAUAGUAAGGCCCUGAGAACAAGAGUAUUUCCGUAAUGUAAUACAUAUCAACGCGAUGAGUACACCUUACAAAAAUCUUUCCUCUAUCAAGUUUGAAAACUGGUUUCAAUAAGACAAUCAAUAUGGUUUAGUAAUCUCUGAAUCUUUGUCAUUGAUCAAAACCUGGACAAUAGUAUGUUGGUUACAGAUUUGUUAACAAAUUAUCCUUUAUACAGAUGUUGUACCAACACAGGGUAAAAUUUGAUUUAAACAAUGUAAUGGAUGAAAGCUUUGAAUUGGAUACGUAACAGCAUUGGGAACAUAAUUGACUCCAUGGUAAGUUGUAAAGUGUGUGAAUGUACUAUUACAACACGUACUAUUUUUCAGUAGACCAGCAAUUAUACUUCUGUUGUUCAAUGAAACUGCAGAAGACUUUGAUCAGAAUAAGGACUAACAUCUGUGAAUAACUUCUUUCCUAAUUUAUUUCUAUUAAAUUGUGUGUACGAUGAUGUGUUGCUACUUGGAAAUGGUUUUUUCCAGUGCAUGUAACAGUCUUCCUCACUCUGGUGCUUGUUCCUGUAAUGUGCAGUUUUAUGUAUUUAAUUUUAUUGUGUUGUGGAUAUUAGUUAUCUUUAUCUCUAUUUGAAUGUUUUAUUGUGUUGUCUUUUUUAUACACUUUAUUGUGUAAAUGUGUUCCUUCUCAGAUAAAUUGUAUACUUGAGUCAAAAAUUAUAGAUACUCAUAGUUAUUUAGUUACUUACUUGAAAAAGUGUGAUUAAUUACAAAGACUGAAAAGAUGUUGGUAUUGUUUUUCUUUACAAUUUUUUUAGAAGGCUAUGUUUAGUAAAAAAAUUAUUAUUUUAUGAGGUAUAUGGCAGGUGUACUGCAGAAUUUUCUUUGCAGUGACAUUCUAUUGUGUGUGUGUUUUAUCAUUAUGAGACAUAUCACUUCAGAGUUUUCUCUUAACUGAACAUUAGUUUCUCUUAAUAUUUGCAGCUAAGAAUAGCUUUCUUACAUACAAUUUUUGUUUGCAGUUGCAGAAUUAUACGUUUUCCUGCUUCAGAUAUGCCACAACCUCAAGGACUUGACAAAUAUUGAUCAUUAUUUAACUAUCUGUGGCGUAAAAUUUUCGUUGUUGAUUUGUUAACAGAUGAUUCCUCUUACAGCACAUUCGAACUUCAUCCCUAAUGCAAAGCUUCAUUCUAUUGUCAUGUGUAAUGUAAACACUAAUCCAAUUAUAUGAGGCUAUACAUUUUCAAUAUUGCAUACUUUAAAACAACAUGAUAGAAAUUUUAACUGCCUUCAGAUAAAUUUCCUGAGCAAUCAACAAGCACAGAUCUUUACUGAGAGCACUGCUGUGAAAUGUAAUGGCUGACGACAUGAUUUGAUUUACCAUUGAAAGGUUAUGCUAGCAUUUUUCUGUCACUGUCAUCUGAAACUUAUGUUGCUGAUAUGAAAUAUACUCACUGCCUUCAUCAUUGGGAAGAGGCAGCAAGUAAAGUAAAGAAAUCAGUACCGCAUUCUUGACCUCUGAGGUGAGGUGCUGUAGGUGGAAUCUAUGUAUAUCCUAAGAUAUAACUGAAGUGGAAAACAAUCAUCUCUUUUUAAAUAAGUUUUUCUUGGCUGUAAAGCACUGUGUCAAAAGAAAUGUAAUUUGAAAUGUAAAAUGUACUGGCAUUUGUAUGUAUGUCUGGAGAACUGCAGGAUCUGAGGAUUUGUUUCUCCCUUUUGUGUUCCUAUCAUAGUUGACAGUGACUUAACGAUUCAGCUUCAGGUGGACAGUGUCUGUGUACAGCUGACAGCUGUCUUUC